UUCCAUUGUAAAUGCAUUCAUCCUUCACUAUUUCCAUUGAAUUCACCCAAAAAAAAAUAUAAAAAAAAUGGUUACUUAUAGGCCUUGGGCACUUUGUGCCUUGGCUGUAUGUUUGAUGGCGGCUAGUGUUGCAGCCGAAAAGAAAUAUGUAUACUCGUCUCCGCCACCUCCAUAUGUGUACUCGUCUCCACCACCUCCUUAUAAGUAUACAUCUCCGCCGCCGCCAUUAUAUAUUUACAAAUCUCCCUCACCGCAUCCUUAUAAGUAUACAUCUCCACCACCGCCUCCUUAUAAGUAUACUUCUCCACCACCGCCUCCUUAUAAGUAUACUUCUCCACCACCGCCAACUUAUAAAUAUACUUCUCCACCACCGCCACCUUAUAAAUAUACAUCUCCACCACCGCCACCUUAUAAGUAUACAUCUCCACCACCGCCGCCAUAUAAGUACACAUCUCCACCACCGCCGCCAUACGUUUACAAGUCUCCCCCACCACCUCCUUAUAAGUAUACAUCUCCACCUCCACCGCCAUACAUUUACAAAUCUCCCCCACCGCCUCCUUAUAAGUAUACAUCUCCACCCCCGCCGUCAUACAUUUACAAAUCUCCCCCACCGCCUUCUUAUAAAUAUACUUCUCCACCACCACCAUCAUAUGUGUACUCAUCUCCACCACCGUCGGCAUAUAUUUAUAAGUCUCCACCACCACCAUCAUACGUUUACAAGUCUCCCCCACCACCUCCUUAUAAAUAUUCAUCUCCACCACCACUUUCAUAUGUUUACAAGUCUCCACCACCUCCUCCAUAUGUGUACUCAUCUCCACCACCACCACCAUAUGUUUACAAGUCUCCCCCACCUCCUCCAUAUGUGUACUCAUCUCCCCCACCACCACCCUACAUUUAUAAGUCUCCCCCAUCUCCUCCAUAUGUGUACUCAUCUCCACCACCACCACCAUAUGUUUACAAGUCUCCACCACCUCCUCCAUAUGUCUACAAGUCUCCACCACCACCUCCAUAUGUGUACUCGUCUCCGCCACCACCACCCUACAAUUAUAAGUCUCCCCCACCUCCUCCAUAUGUCUACUCAUCUCCACCACCACCACCAUAUGUUUACAAGUCUCCCCCACCUCCUCCAUAUGUGUACUCAUCUCCGCCACCACCACCCUACAUCUAUAAGUCUCCCCCACCUCCUCCAUAUGUGUACUCAUCUCCACCACCACCGCCAUAUGUUUACAAGUCUCCCCCACCUCCUCCAUAUGUGUACUCAUCUCUGCCACCACCACCCUACAUUUAUAAGUCUCCCCCACCUCCUCCAUAUGUGUACUCAUCUCCACCACCACCGCCAUAUGUUUACAAGUCUCCCCCGCCUCCUCCAUAUGUGUACUCAUCUCCCCCACCACCACCAUAUAUUUAUAAGUCUCCACCACCACCGCCAUAUGUGUACUCAUCUCCCCCGCCUCCUCCAUAUGUGUACUCAUCUCCCCCACCACCACCAUAUGUUUAUAAGUCUCCACCACCUCCUUCUUAUAAGUAUUCAUCUCCACCACCACCAUCAUAUGUUUACAAGUCUCCACCACCUCCUUCCUAUGUGUACUCUUCUCCACCACCACCAUCAUAUGUUUACAAGUCUCCACCACCUCCUCCAUAUAAAUACUCAUCUCCACCACCUUCACCAUAUGUAUACAAGUCUCCACCACCACCUCCUUACAAGUACUCCUCUCCGCCACCACCAACUUACAUUUACAAGUCUCCGCCACCCCCUCCUUACGUAUACUCAUCUCCACCACCCCCUCCAUAUAUAUACAAGUCUCCACCACCACCUUCUUACAAGUACUCCUCCCCGCCACCACCAACCUAUUUUUACUCAUCUCCACCACCACAUCCCUAUGUUUACUCAUCUCCACCACCACCUUCUUACCUCUAUAAGUCACCUCCUCCACUUUAUUACAAGUGAUAUAUUCC